AUGACAGAUUCAUUCGAGCUCUAUCGCGACCUCAUCCACGCGAACCACAUACUACACCAUCAUAGCGUGGUCGAUGCCUUUGGCCACAUUAGCGUACGACAUCCAGCAGACUCUUCACAGUUCAUCAUGUCCGCCAACAUGGCUCCUGCACUAGUCCGUACGCCAGACGACUUGGUCGAAUAUCGGGUCGAGGAUGCACAACCUGCGCACGAGGGUGCCAGACGUGGAUUUCUGGAAAGAUAUAUUCAUUCAGAGAUCUAUAAGCGUUUCCCAGAUGUGCAGAGCGUUGUCCAUGCGCAUGCACACCAAGUGCUUCCAUACGCGAUAUCUGGUGUACCAUUCCUACCAUGUGGUCAUAUGGCAGGCUUUCUUGGUUCAAAAGUCCCUGUUUACGAUAUCCAGGAAUACUACAAACCCCAAGACUCACAUGACCUUUUGGUGAAUAGCAUUCAACUCGGCGCUAGCCUCGCAAAGUUAUUUUCUUCCUCGGAAGCCCAGCUUAGAUUUCCCGAACAUGAAUUCGUCUUGAUGCGACGCCACGGCUUCACAACUGUGGGACGUAAUAUCAAAGACGCGGUCUACCAUGCUGUGUACGCGAUCCAAAAUGCCAACAUACUAACAACAAGCCUGUUGGUCCGCGCGGGGUUUGAACAGCUACAGGCAAGGAGUGAUGCAAGUAACAGAGCUGAGGUGCUGCAUGACAUGGAGGGCUUGACAAAUGUUCAAAUGAGGGACUGCGAACGAAAUGUGCGUGGUGGGAUUGCGAGGCCUUGGGGGCUGUGGGUGCAAGAGGUCAAGACUUUGCCCUUGUACACGAGCAAAGUCGAGUAG